UAGUUAAAAAGAAAGUGCAAAAUAAUAUUUUUGUUGAAAAAAAAUCCCAUUUACUAUAUUAAAUUACUUAAAAAUUAAAAAAACAAGUAUUUUGAAAAUUGUGUUUCAUAUUAAAAAAAAUUAUUAAAAAAUUUGUACCUCAAAAAAAAUCUAAAAACAUUUUUGUUUUUAAAUUCACAAUUUCAAAUAAAAAUUUUCUGCCUUAAAUGAAAAAAAAAAAAUGUUUUUCUUAAAAAAUCCUUUCCAAAUCUUCAUCAACUAAGGCACCGCAUACAUUUCAAGAUUUAAAUGCAAAUUAUAUAAUUUAUAUGCAAUGAAUAAUAAGUAGAGGAUAUUAACUUAUUUCAUGCAUUAUUUGCAUUCGUCCAUGAAAAAGCUAUGAAAUCGAAAAGUUUCUUCCAUCGGAAUUGUCUUCCCAAGUCACGGAUAAAGAAAUAGAAGAGAAAUUUGUGCUGUUUGUUAAAAACCACCGAAACGUAACCAUGAACUGGCGAGACAUACAACGAAUCUAUACCCAAAAAACACAACAGCAAAACAAUUGGUAUCGGUUUCCAAUGGUUUUGAGCUGGAAUUUGAAAUCAACAUUGGUGCCCAAGGCAAAGUUCCACAGUAUGCGAGCAAUAUAUCAAAAAUCCACAGUAUAUUGGUAAAGAGAAUUUAUUUUGCUAGCUCACCACCCACGUCACCUUCAUAAUCAGCGCUAGUAACGAAAAAACCAAACCACCCACUUGGAGAAACAAAAAAAAGCACUACCAGCAGAUGAUAAAAAUGAAUGCCAGCGCCAUGUCAUCACAGCCAGUGUCAGUCACAAUGACACCCCUUGGCUGGACAUCAACCCACGACCCUCUACAGCGCCGAGUGGCCGAUGAGAGUGCGGAUGACCUAACCUUAAGUACGGAAACACAUCUAUCUUCGGCCGAACUCGAUGAGAUCAAUCAAAGCGCUGAGCUGCAGUGUAUGCUGCAGGAACACAUGGAUACAACGACCUUUGGCAAUAGCAGUGCAUAUUGCCUUACCCAAUUCGAUUCGAUACUAUGUUGGCCCCGCAGCCCUCGUGGCACUUUGGCCGCACUGCCAUGUCUAGAUGAGUUCCAGGGCAUACAAUACGAUAGCUCACAAAAUGCCACCCGCUAUUGUCAUGCAAAUGGAACAUGGGAUCAAUACACGAAUUAUGAUGCGUGCAUGCAUUUAACCGAACCUGCCACUAUAUCAGAAUUUGCAAUAAUUGAAUUGCCAACGAUAAUAUACUACAUUGGCUACACCAUCAGUUUGGUGUCGCUGACCUUGGCCAUAGCGGUGUUUGUAUACUUCAAAGAAUUACGUUGCUUGCGCAACUCCAUACAUGCGAAUUUAUUCUUCACGUACAUCAUGUCGGGCUUGCUGUGGAUACUAACACUCUCUGUACAGAUUUCAUUGCACACAGGCCUGGCCGGAUGUAUAAUCCUGGUGACUUUGUUUCACUUUUUCACAUUGACAAAUUUCUUCUGGAUGCUGGUGGAAGGCUUAUAUCUGUAUAUAUUGGUAGUGAAAACAUUUUCCGGUGAUAAUACCAGAUUUAUGGUCUACGCUGUCAUAGGAUGGGGUGGUCCAGCCGUCUUUGUUGUCAUUUGGAGCAUAGCCAAGGGCCUGACAAUGUCAUCUGCCACAAACGAGCAGAUUGAAAUAGAAGGUUGCCCCUGGAUGCAGGAAACAUAUGUCGAUUGGAUAUUCCAAGGACCGGUGUGUGCUGUUUUAAUAAUUAAUUUAACUUUUCUGCUGAGAAUCAUGUGGGUGUUGAUAACGAAAUUGCGUUCGGCCAAUACCUUGGAAACGCGACAAUACCGCAAAGCAGCCAAAGCUUUGCUGGUAUUGAUACCCUUGUUUGGCAUCACCUAUCUGGUGGUGUUGGCUGGCCCCAACGAAGGUGGCGUCAUGAGUCACAUGUUUGCCAUAGUAAGGGCCAUCCUCUUAAGCACUCAGGGAUUUUCGGUGUCUUUGUUCUAUUGUUUUCUAAAUUCGGAAGUUAGAAAUGCCCUUAGGCAUCACAUAUCCACAUGGCAGGAUGAACGCAAUAUUAGGCUGAACCAGUCCAGAAGGUAUGUUUCCAAAGGCUUUUCCAAAGAUACUUCGCCGCGUACUGAGUGCACCAGACCCCUUACUGCCUACUAUGGCAAGGGCAAAAGAGAGUCAUGUGUAUCCUCGGCCACCACCACCACAUUAAUUGGCCAACAUCAUUCCAUGUCCCUGCAGCGGGGAGCGGGUGGAGGCUCCAAUGGUGCUUUGCAUAUGAUGCCAACUGCCACCGCAUUAACAACGGUAAUGCCCAGAGCAGUGAGUCCUUUGAUGAAGGAUUUGGAAGAGAACUCUGUUUAAUGUGAAAGAAGUUAAAAAAAAAAUUGAAAGCAGAGAUGUACCUGAUGUUUACAUCACCAACGUCACACAUUAUCAUCAUCAUCCCCAAGUCAUACAAAUGCGUUAAAUAAAUAGCAAUAUCUAUAUACCUAUAUUUCAUUAAUGGUAAACAAUUUAUUUCUGCAUUACAAUAAAAACGAAAUAUCCAAAAGUAAACAAAGAGAAUAAAUAUGUAUGUAUGUCAGACCAAAAGGGAAAUUUUUUUGUAAAACCUGAAUUGUAAAUAAAAUGUCUAAGAGCCAAAACCAGACAACCAGAAAUUUUCCCAUAUUUGCAAAAAAAGGGGAAAAACACCUGAGUUGUGUCCUAUGGAAUGCCCCAUAUAUGAGAGUAAAAAUCUAUCACAAAUGGUAUUGAAAUGGUGAUAACAGAAACUAGCACUAGUAUGUACAAAGUUUAUAUAGCACUUAAUUUAAGGGUUUAAGAAAGGGGAAAAAGACCACCACCCCCACCAACAACCCACCAUCUUAAAUCCUCUCCAUGUGACCUUUAAGAAAUGAAAAA